AUGGAGUCCAUGCUAAAUAAGUUGAAGAGUACCGUUACAAAAGUAACAGCUGACGUCACUAGUGCUGUGAUGGGAAAUCCUGUCACUAGAGAAUUUGAUGUUGGUCGACACAUUGCCAGUGGUGGCAAUGGGCUAGCUUGGAAGAUUUUUAAUGGCACAAAAAAGUCAACAAAGCAGGAAGUGGCUGUUUUUGUCUUUGAUAAAAAGCUGAUUGACAAAUAUCAAAAAUUUGAAAAGGAUCAAAUCAUCGAUUCUCUAAAACGAGGAGUCCAACAGUUAACUCGACUACGACACCCUCGACUUCUUACUGUCCAGCAUCCUUUAGAAGAAUCCAGGGACUGCUUGGCAUUUUGCACAGAACCAGUUUUUGCCAGUUUAGCCAAUGUUCUGGGUAACUGGGAAAAUCUACCUUCCCCUGUGUCUCCAGACAUUAAGGAUUAUAAACUUUAUGAUGUAGAAACCAAAUAUGGUUUGCUUCAGGUUUCUGAAGGAUUGUCAUUUUUGCACAGCAGUGUGAAAAUGGUUCAUGGAAAUAUUACACCUGAAAAUAUAAUUUUGAAUAAAAGUGGAGCCUGGAAAAUAAUGGGCUUUGAUUUUUGUGUAUCAUCAACCAAUCCUUCUGAACAAGAGCCUAAGUUUCCAUGUAAAGAAUGGGACCCAAAUUUACCAUCAUUGUGUCUUCCAAAUCCUGAAUAUUUGGCUCCUGAAUAUAUACUUUCUGUGACCUGUGAAACAGCCAGUGAUAUGUACUCUUUAGGAACGGUCAUGUAUGCUGUAUUUAAUAAAGGGAAACCUGUAUUUGAAGUUAACAAGCAAGAUAUUUACAAGAGUUUCAGCAGACAAUUGGAUCAGUUGAGUCGUUUAGGAUCUAGUUCACUUACAAAUAUACCUGAAGAAGUCCGUGAACAUGUAAAACUACUGUUGAAUGUAACUCCAACUGUAAGACCAGAUGCAGAUCAAAUGAUAAAGAUUCCCUUCUUUGAUGAUGUUGGUGCAGUAACACUGCAAUAUUUUGAUACGUUAUUCCAAAGGGAUAACCUUCAGAAGUCACAGUUUUUCAAAGGACUGCCAAAGGUUCUGCCAAAACUGCCUAAGCGUGUGAUUGUGCAGAGAAUUUUGCCUUGUUUGACUUCAGAAUUUGUAAACCCUGACAUGGUACCUUUUGUUUUGCCCAAUGUUCUACUCAUUGCUGAAGAAUGUACCAAAGAAGAAUAUGUUAAGUUAAUUCUACCUGAACUUGGGCCUGUCUUUAAACAGCAGGAGCCAAUCCAGAUUUUAUUAAUCUUCCUCCAAAAAAUGGAUCUGCUACUAACCAAAACUCCUCCUGACGAGAUAAAGAACAGUGUCCUACCAAUGGUUUACAGAGCCCUAGAGGCUCCCUCCAUUCAGAUUCAGGAACUCUGUCUAAACAUCAUUCCAACCUUUGCAAAUCUUAUAGACUACCCAUCCAUGAAAAAUGCUUUGAUACCAAGAAUUAAGAAUGCAUGUCUGCAAACAUCUUCCCUUGCUGUACGUGUAAAUUCAUUAGUGUGCUUAGGAAAGAUUUUGGAAUACUUGGAUAAAUGGUUUGUACUUGAUGAUAUUCUACCCUUCUUACAACAAAUUCCAUCCAAGGAACCUGCGGUCCUCAUGGGAAUUUUAGGUAUUUACAAAUGUACAUUUACCCAUAAGAAGUUGGGAAUCACCAAAGAGCAGCUGGCUGGAAAAGUAUUGCCUCAUCUGAUUCCCCUGAGUAUUGAAAACAAUCUUAAUCUCAAUCAGUUCAAUUCUUUCAUUUCCGUCAUAAAAGAGAUGCUUAAUAGAUUGGAGUCAGAACAUAAGACUAAACUGGAGCAACUUCAUAUAAUGCAAGAACAGCAGAAAUCUUUGGAUAUAGGAAAUCAAAUGAAUGCUUCUGAGGAGACAAAAGUUACAAAUGUUGGGUCUCAGCAGAUUGACAAAGUCUUUAACAACAUCGGCGCAGACCUUCUGACUGGUGGUGAAUCCGAAAAUAAAGAGGAUGGGUUACAGAAUAAACAAAAAAGAGCAUCACUUACACUCGAAGAAAAACAAAAAUUAGCAAAAGAACAGGAACAGGCACAGAAGUUGAAAAGCCAGCAGCCUCUUAAACCUCAAGUUCACACAACUAUUGCUCCAGUCAAGCAGACUAAGGACCUGACAGACACGUUGAUGGAUAACAUGUCAUCUUUGACCAGUCUUUCUGUUAGCACCCCUAAAAUUUCUGCUUCAAGUUCCUUCACUUCUGUUCCUUCCACGGGCCUUGGCAUGAUGUUUUCUACACCAAUUGACAAUACAAAGAGAAAUUUAACAAAUGGCCUGAAUGCUAACAUGGGCUUUCAGACUUCAGGAUUCAACAUGCCAGUUAAUACAAACCAGAACUUCUUCAGUAGUCCAAGCACACCCGGAGUGAGCAAGAUGACUCUGGGAGCACCUUCCACCUUGCCAAACUUCAGCGCUGUGAGUGUUCCUCCUGCAGGGGGAAAGCAGACUCAGCAAAGACCCACAGAUAUGUCUGCUCUUAAUAAUCUCUUUGGCCCUCAGAAACCCAAAGUUAGCAUGAACCAGUUAUCACAACAGAAACCAAAUCAGUGGCUUAAUCAGUUUGUACCUCCUCAAGGGUCUCCAGGUAUGGGCAGUUCAGUAAUGGGAACACAGGUGAACGUGAUGGGACAAUCUGCCUUCGGAAUGCAGGCUAAUCCUUUCUUUAACCCACAGAACUUUGCACAGCCGCCAACUACUAUGACCAGUAGCAGUUCAGCUAGCAAUGAUUUAAAAGAUCUUUUUGGGUGA